AUGGCUGCCACAUUAUACUUACAAUGCAGUGACGGAGAACUAUGGUUUCGAGGAGAGCUAUUUGGUGCGAAGAAAAGUGUUUCUGGCGAGAUUGUUUUUCAAACUGGUAUGGUUGGGUAUGAGGAAUCUCUAACAGAUCCAUCCUAUGCCAGACAGUUGUUGGUUCUGACCUAUCCGCUGGUCGGUAACUACGGAGUUUCGCUGGCUGCCCAAGACCAAUAUGGCUUACCUAUGACCUUUGAAUCUGAUCGUGUCUGGCCACAGGCUCUUAUUGUUGACAGGAUAUGUCCGGAAGGGGAGCAGUGUGAUCGAGAGAUCAGCGAAUCUUUGAACCAAUAUUUGAAAAAAGCUGGUGUACCUGGUCUUUCGGGAAUAGAUACCCGUCAUUUGACGAAAAUUAUACGUGAGAAAGGAGUGAUGAAAGCAAAAAUCAUUGUGGACAACGAAGAAAGCAUUACAGAUUUACCCUACGUAGAUAUCAACGAGGAGAAUUUAAUUGAACUUGUUUCUACAAAGACUAUGAGAACAUUUGGUGAUGGUGGGUUGCGAAUCAUGAUGGUUGAUUGCGGUGCAAAGUACAACCAGAUUAGAUGUUUUUUAAAAAGAGGAGCGUCGGUUCUUCUUGUCCCACACAAUUACAGUUUUGACCAAGCCUUUGACUGUGAUGGCCUUUUCCUUUCCAAUGGCCCUGGAGAUCCUUCUCACUACACAGAUCUUGUAGAACGAAUUAGAAAUUUUUUGGAGAAAGAAGUGCCAGUUUUCGGCAUUUGCUUGGGCAACCAACUUCUCGCUCUUGCGGCAGGUGCGAGGACUAGUAAGCUGAGAUAUGGGAACAGAGGGCAUAAUCAGCCCUGUGUACAUAUUGACACUGGACGGUGUUUUAUUACUUCGCAAAAUCAUGGAUUUGCGGUGGAUGUGGAGACUUUACCGCCUGAUUGGGAUCAGUUAUUUGUUAAUGAGAACGAUAAGACAAAUGAAGGAAUUAUUCACAGAAAUCUUCCAUUUUUUGGUGUUCAGUUUCAUCCAGAACAUUGUGCGGGUCCUGAGGAUUUGGAAUGUUUGUUUGAUAUUUUUCUUGAUGCUGUUUGUAAGCGGAAAGAGAAUACAGAGUUUUCUUUGAGAAAUUUGUUAACGGAAAAAUUGGGUUUUAUGUGCAAGUAUGUUGUACCGCCGCAAAGCAAAGUUCUGAUUCUUGGUUCUGGAGGGCUUUCGAUUGGUCAGGCUGGAGAGUUCGAUUAUUCAGGGGCUCAGGCUAUAAAAGCUCUGAAAGAACAGUCGGUGCUAACAGUACUGGUGAACCCAAAUGUUGCCACUGUGCAAACUUCCAAGGGCUUUGCAGAUCAAACUUAUUUUGUGCCAGUGUCACCAGACUAUGUUACAGACAUUAUCAAGAAAGAGCGUCCAUCUGGCUUACUGUGCACUUUCGGUGGUCAAACAGCCUUAAAUUGUGCCAUUGAAUUGUACAAAUCUGGAAUACUUAGAAAGUAUAGUGUGGAAGUUCUUGGAACAGCAAUUGAGACAAUUAUAAAAACUGAAGAUCGUGAGUUGUUCAACUUGGAAAUGGCAGCUAUCGGUGAAAGAAUAGCUCCAAGUGAAGCAGCAGUGACUUUGGGAGAUGCCGUUGCUGCUGCAAACAAGAUUGGAUAUCCUGUUAUGAUACGUGCAGCCUAUGCAUUAGGUGGCCUUGGGUCGGGUUUUGCAGACAACGACGAGGACCUUUUGAAGGUGGCUCAGGUGGCGCUUGCGCACAGCAAUCAAGUCCUUAUUGAUAAAAGUCUUCGAGGAUGGAAGGAGAUUGAAUACGAAGUCUGCAAUAUGGAAAACAUAGAUCCUUUGGGCAUCCACACUGGUGAAAGCAUCGUUGUUGCGCCUAGCCAAACGCUUACUAAUCACCAGUACCAGACGCUGCGUUCUGUUGCCAUAAAAGUUAUCCGACACUUAGGCAUCAUCGGGGAAUGUAACAUUCAGUUUGCUGUAAAUUCCAUAAAGUUUGAGUACUACAUAAUUGAAGUAAAUGCAAGGCUCUCUCGUAGUUCUGCCUUAGCGAGUAAAGCUACCGGCUACCCGCUCGCUUAUGUUGCUGCUUUGCUUGCUUUGGGAAAAGAUCUGUCAAAAAUAAGGAACAAGAUUACCGGAACCACAACGGCGUGUUUUGAACCGUCUUUGGAUUACAUAGUAGUUAAAAUCCCGAGAUGGGAUUUGAAUAAAUUUGCGCGAGUGAGUACGAAGAUCGGGUCUUCGAUGAAAUCAAUUGGUGAAGUGAUGAGUAUUGGGCGUUCAUUUGAAGAAGCGUUUCAAAAGGCUCUGCGUAUGGUGAAUGAGAACGUCGACGGUUUCUCACCCAGUGCAUUUCCCAAGGAACCAAUUGAUGAGGAUUUCUUGUCACCAACGGACAAAAGAGUGUUUGCUUUAGCUCGUGCGCUAUAUUCGAAGAAGUAUACUGUAAGUACCCUUCGGGAACUAACAAAAAUUGACUCAUGGUUUCUUUAUCGUAUGCAACACAUAAUUGCACUUCACCAAAAAUUAGAAAAUUAUGGGCUUGUUGACUUGCCUGAGUCACUUGUGAGAGAAGCAAAAAAGUGCGGUUUUUCUGACAAACAAAUUGCAAGCAUUAUCUACAGGUAUGACUUCACUUUUCCGGAAACAGAGCGCAAAAACUUCAACGAAUUGAAUGUUAGUAAACUGAGGCAGAAGUUGAACAUUAAGCCGCUAGUAAAACAAAUUGAUACUUUAGCGGCUGAAUGGCCAGCUCAAACUAAUUAUCUUUAUUUAACGUAUAAUGGUCGCGACGAUGAUGUCCUCUUCAAUGUGAAAAACGGCGUGAUUGUACUUGGAAGUGGCGCGUACAGAAUUGGAUCGUCUGUCGAAUUUGAUGCUUGUAGCGUUUCAUGCAUCAAUGAACUGAAGAAGCUUGGGUACCAACCGAUAACGAUCAACUGUAACCCUGAAACAGUCAGUACUGACUAUGAUAUGUGCAGCCGGCUGUAUUUUGAAGAAGUCUCUUUUGAAGUACUGGCCGACAUUUACGAGAAGGAAUAUCCAACCGGUGUAAUAGUUGCAUUCGGCGGUCAAUUGCCAAACAAUAUUGCUGGUUAUUUGGCAAGAUCGUCUCCAUUUUCCGAUUUCAAAAUUAACAUUUUUGGGACACUACCGGAUUUCAUUGAAAUAGCUGAAAAUCGGUUUAAGUUUAGCAGAUUAUUAGAUAAACUGCAGGAAACAAGUGACCUAAAUGCUGCGGAAGAGUUUUGUGAGGAGGUUGGAUAUCCAUGCAUAAUUCGGCCGUCGUUUGUGCUCUCAGGAGCAGCCAUGAAUGUUGCUCAUAACCGGGAUGACUUCAGAACAUUUUUAAGUCGUGCCGCAAAAGUGUCGAAUGAGUAUCCUAUAGUUGUCUCUGAAUUCAUCAGCAACGCGAAGGAGAUCGACGUGGAUGCGGUGGCUUUUGAUGGAAAGGUAUUAGCAUCGGCAGUAUGUGAACAUGUAGAAAACGCAGGCGUUCAUUCUGGUGAUGCAACUUUGGUCACUCCACCUCAAGACAUGACGGUGAUUACGGACAAAAAAAUUCAGCGCAUGAUUGUUCGAAUUGCCGAGGCACUGAGUAUAUGUGGCCCCUUCAACAUGCAACUAAUCGCUAAGGACGACCAGCUAAAAGUUAUUGAAGUCAACUUACGUGCUUCACGUUCUUUCCCGUUCAUUUCUAAGACAUAUGACUUCGAUUUUGUUGCUUUGGCAACUAGGUGUGUCAUGGCGAGAGAGGAUCAUUUGCUAAAAGCGUCCCUGAAACCAGUCAAUGUAACCACGAAUAAUCGAGUGGGGGUCAAGGUGUCGCAGUUCUCGUUUUCUCGUUUAGCUGGCGCUGAUGUUAUGCUGGGAGUUGAAAUGGCAUCCACUGGAGAGGUGGCAGGAUUUGGUGAAGAUCGUUAUGAAGCCUACCUCAAGGCACUUAUUUCUACUGGAUUUGUCCUGCCUAAGAAGACUAUAUUUCUUUCUAUCGGAGGUUACCAUGCGAAGGCAGAAAUGCUAAGCUCUGUUCGAAUUCUUCACGACCUUGGUUUUACCUUACUGGCCAGCAAAGGGACUGCAGACUACUUCUCCAGCAACAAAAUCCCUAUUAAAGCAAUGGAUUGGUGUUUUGAUGAGAAAGACGAAGGGAAUGAGAAAACUGCGGCACAGUCAUCAACAUUAGCUGAGGCCCUGCGUAAUAAAGCUGUACAUUUAGUUAUAAAUCUGCCUAUCCGUGAUUCGGGUGCUUAUCGGGUCUCUGUUUUCCGCACUCAUGGCUACAGGACUAGGAGAUUGGCAAUUGACAGUGGUGUACCCUUAAUAACUGAUAUCAAAUGCGCCAAGUUGUUCAUACAUGCACUGAGAAUUUUCAAAGGGAGGCCGAAAAUGAAUCCGAAGCUUGAUGGUGUUUCGUCACGUCUGUUAAAAAGGCUCCCUGGUUUCAUUGACGUCCACGCGCAUAUGAGAGAGCCUGGACAGGAGCACAAAGAAAAUUGGUACAGUGGCACUUGCGCAGCUGUUGCUGGCGGGAUAACCAUGGUUCUUGCAAUGCCGAAUACAAUUCCUCCAAUAACUAGUGAAGAAAACUUUCGAUUUGCGGAUACUAUUGCUUCGAAUUCUGCUGUUGCUGAUUAUGCUAUGUAUCUCGGUGGUACAAACAGUAAUGCUGAAAUAGUUUCUGCUUUAGCUUCUCGUUCCUGCGGUCUGAAACUUUAUAUGAAUAGCACCUUCUCAGAAAUAAGACUUGAUUCGCUUGAGGACUGGAUUAAACACUUCAAAUCCUUCCCUACCAGCAAACCGAUAGUCUGUCAUGCGGAAUCAAAUACUUUGGUCGAGGUUUUAGCUGUGGCACAACUCUGCAAAAGACAUGUACAUAUUGCACACGUUUCAACCGCAUUUGAGAUCCGUCUGAUACGAAUGGCUAAAGAAGCAGGUUGGAAGGUCACAUGCGAGGUUUGCCCCCAUCAUCUUUUUCUUACCAGAGACAGCGUCCCUGCUGGAUUUCAAGAAGUCAGGCCUAAACUUGGCACUGAGGAGGAUAGACUCGCUCUUUGGGAGAAUAUUAGUGCGAUUGACUGUUUUUCAACAGAUCACGCGCCCCAUACUGUCGAUGAGAAAAAAAAGGGAUUGCCAGGAUUUCCUUCAGUUGAAUAUAUCGUUCCUCUGUUGCUGACGGCUGUCUCCGAAGGAAAGAUGACCUUAGAGCAACUAAUUGAGCGCAUGUACACGAAUCCGAGAAGAAUUUUCAGUCUCCCGGCACAGAAGGAUACAUAUAUAGAGGUGGAUGUAAAUGAAGAGUGGAAGAUUCCAAAUGAUGGAGGGUUUAGCAAAGCUGGUUGGACACCUUACGGUGGUAGAACGGUAAAAGGCAGAGUGCAUACAGUCGUAAUUCGUGGUGAGGAGGUAUUUGUGGACGGUAAGGUCGUUUGUAGCCCAGGUUUUGGCAAGAAUGUAUUUACGUCAACGGACUCUCGCCUUUCUUUUGACGACAUUCACGAAACUGAGUCCCAUACAGUGAGCCCUGUCCUCAUCAGAGGCUCUCAGAAUUCUGAAGCUGAAACAAGCAGUACUUGUUCCGAUCUCGACUUCAGUUCUUCGGCGGUCCCUAUACAGGAUACCGUAUUCAAAGGUCGCAGUAUCAUUGAAGUGGAGACAAUUUCUAAAAUAAUGUUGGAUAAAGUUUUUGACCUGGCUGCUCAGUAUCGCAAUUGUGUUGACGAGGGCGAAAGCAGAAUACACGAAGUACUUAAGGGGUACACACUGGGCCUUGUGUUUUACGAGGCAUCUACUCGGACUGCUAACUCAUUUACGGCGGCAAUGCAGCAGCUUGGUGGAAGUGUGCUAAUUAUGAAUGAAAAAACUUCGUCUAUUCAGAAGGGUGAGAGUUUGGAAGAUACUAUUAUCAUAAUGAGUUGCUACACGGACGUUAUCGCGUUGCGACAUCCUGAGAAAGGAGCAGCAGCAAGGGCUGCUCUCUCAGUGCAUAAGCCUAUCAUAAAUGCAGGCGACGGUGUCGGCCAACACCCAACUCAAGCUAUCCUAGACGUAUUUACCAUUCGAGAUGAAAUCGGUACCGUGCACAACGUAAAAAUCGCACUAGUCGGCGAUUUACGAAACGGUCGUACUGUUCACUCGCUAGCGAAACUCCUUUGUUUGUUCCGCGACGUGACUAUUCACUACGUUGUGCCUCAUCCAGACCUAUCUAUCCCAGAUGAUAUCGUAGACUACGUGGAGGAGCAUGGGAAGAAUACAAAACAAUUUUCAGAUAAGGCUGUACCUUAUUUUAUGGAGUUCAAUUUAGAUUUGGUCCGGCGUUUUCCUAUCGUGAUGCACCCACUGCCUCGGGUGGUUGAAAUAGACAAAGAAAUCGAUAGUGAUGAGCGGGCAGCGUACUUCCGACAAGCUCGAAAUGGGCUUUUUGUUAGGAUGGCCCUUCUCUCACUUGUUCUUGACAAGUGUCCGUCCUUUCAAAAGUGA